GUUCUUCAAAGAAGGGAAGGCAAGAUGAGGAGCUCUUUGUUGCUGUGCGUGGCCUUGGCCGUCUCCUUGGGGUUCAUCUUUGUGGCAGGUUUUCCCCAGGACCCUGAGGACAACGAGUACGUGCUGGUCAAUAACAAGUGUCAGUGUGUAACAGUGACCUCAAAGUUCGUCCCCUCCAAAGAGAAUCCUAAUGAAGAAAUCCUGGAGAGAAACAUACGCAUCCUAGUCCCCCUGAAGGCUCGAGAAAACAUCUCUGACCCCCUGUCCCCACUCAGAACCACUUUUGUCUACCGCAUGACUGAACUCUGCAAAAAAUGCGAUCCCAUAGAAAUUGAGCUGGGUGGUGAGACAUACCAGGCUCAGCAGGGCAAUGACUGCAACGAACCCGAAACCUGCUAUACCUACAACAGGGACAAGUGCUACACCACGACCUUCCCGUUCGUCUACCAAGGGGAGGUGAAAAACGUUCAAGCGGUUCUGACACCGGCAUCCUGCUACGCCGAUUAGCUCAAUCCACUGCUGUACUAACGCCAUGUUGCACUCAGUGUUCCUACCAAAAAUACAUGUCUAGCACCAUAGUACCUGGAUGACAGUGUCCAAAAUAUCAGCUCCCAGAAUAAUGCUAACUUGCCUCUUCAUAUUGUUUCCAACAUGAAGUGAGUGCCACCUCCCAAGAGCAGCUAAUGGUUAGCAUAGACUAUGUUCUCCUAUCCCCAGCACCUAUCUGCAGUGCCAUUACUAUGAGUCUCGGACGGUACCAUCAGAUAGACCAGAUCCUCAGCAGAUGUAAAUCAGUUAUUCCCCUGAAAUCAAGGGAACUACGCUGAUUUACAACACUGAGGAGCCUGUCUUUUUGACAGUCUUCCAUCAGUCUUCAUCCGAGCAACGCUGCCGUGGACAUCAGCAGGAAUGUCUGUGUUCUUCCUUCCCUCCCUGAGCAAUCCAAAGCAAACCUCUGCACAAUCAUAAUACAAGACCCUUUGAUUACAUUAGCAGAAUUUGUGCCAUUAGUAGAAGUCUGUUGUACAAUCAGAUCUGAGAGCAAAGAUGAGGAAUGAGACCAAAAAUUCAGAUGUCAAAGUUAUUUUGCAAUUGGGCAUUCUAGACCAUUCUAGCACUUGGACAAUUGCAAACUUCCAGUUUUCUCCUGGAUUUGGAGAACACCAGAAGACUCCGCAACCCUGAAGUGUUUGCCCAAGUUGCCAGGACCUCAGCUGUGCCAGGAAUAGUAAACUUUUUUAGGACAUGUUCAGUAUUUCAACUUUCCACACUUAUUUACCAAUAUUGAUGCCUUCUUCCAAAUCUGCUCCCGCUUCAAUCGAUGAAAAAAAGCCCAAGCUGGCUUGAAUUUCUUUUAUUGUUCCUCAUUUUGCAUUCAGAGCUGCAAGGCAUUCUUUGAAGCUGACUCAAUUGCAAGAGCAGGACCCUAGUUAGGGAUUCAUUUCUCCUUACACACCAGUAGUCUUCAUACAAGAAACCCUCACCACAUCAAGGCACUGAUUCUGAAUUGCGCCUUAGAUUUAAACGCAUUACACUCAGUAUUGCCCAUAGGGAUGACACGUAUGGGAGCAUUUAAGGUGUCCGGCAUUACACCUGGGGCAGCUGGUAUGUUUCUCACUGUUGUCAGAAGUUUAUUGUAAAGCCCUUGGCUGUUCUGAAAAGCCCUUUUCUGGCUUCACAUGUAAUUGGAAUAAUA